AUGUGCCAUACGAUAGCUUUCAAGUUACCCUGUGAGCAUAUUCAGACUCAAAUCGAAUACUGCUCAAAAGCAACUGCAUCCUCGAAAAGAGAUCCCUCCAAGCGCAAGACUUGCAAAGAUGUCACUCAGCAAAACAUUCCGUAUCCUCCCCCUCCAGGAUAUGACCAGCGAGCCUUGCCAAAGUGCCCUUUGGCAAACUGCCCAUUCGAAAGCCGCAAUCGAUGCUGGAACUGCUGCUGGUGCGGCAAGGGUUGGAAUGAUGGAGGCAGGUGCAGUUGCAUCAUGAUCAUUGACGGAAACGAGUACCGCUGCGAGCAUAUUUGCUGCUCGACGUGUACUGCCGCUAUGGAUGGUUGA